GCCAAGUGCCAGUGCCCUGGGGAAGAUCUUCACAGCCCUGCCCUUGGGUGAUCCCGUUUUGCAGAUGCUGGAGCUGAAGCUGGCCAUGUACAUCGACUUCCCCCGUCACAUGAAGCCAGGAGUCCUCAUCACGUGUUCGGAUGACAUMGAGCUGUACAGCACUGCAGUCACAGAGUCCAUCACAUUUGAUAAACCYGGGUUUACUGCCUUGGCUCACCCCUCAGAUCUGGCAGUGGGCACCACUCACGGGGUGUUUGUGUUGGAUCCAUCCAGCUUUUCAGGGAAAGGAGGGCUGGAAUACGCGUCCUGCCUGCGUUUCCUGCACAAGCCUGACGUGGGGACGAUGUGGAAGAGUGGUGCAGUGUGUGUGAGAGGGGGUUGUCCCCAGCUCAGCUCUGCUGGGAACUGCAGCGAUUUGGGAAAGGCUUUGGAGUGUGUGUACACAGACAGCGUGUUCUACAUGGAUCACAGCACUGCAAAGCUCCUGCUCACGUUCUACAAGCAGCUGGGCACGCUUUGCUGUGAAAUAGAUGCAUAUGGGGACUUUCUCCAGGCCCUGGGGCCUGCAGCCACUCCAGAUUACACCAAAAACACGAGCAAUGUCACCAGGGAGGAUUCAGGGCUGGUGGAAAUGCGGCAGCAGCUGUACCAGCUCCUGCARGGCACUGCCCUCAAUGUCAUCGUGCUCAACAACUCUCAGUUCUACCACAUCGGAACCACUCAGGAGUAUUUGUUCCAUUUUACUGCUGAGAGCAGGCUGAGAGUGGAGCUUGGUUUGCAGCCUGUGGCUUUUAGCAUCGUCCCUGSCACAGCAGAGAGCUCGGGUGGAUCRAGCAUCAUGCAGAGCAUCCUGGAGCCCGGCUGUGUGAUAGGACAGGGCUCUGUCAUUGAGUACUCCAGAAUUGGGGCCGAGGUCUCACUGGGGAACAGCAGCAUUGUCAGUGGGUCUGACAUAGAUUUCAGUGUAGAAAUACCCUCAGACUGCUUCCUGAGCUCAGUAAGUGUGAGAAUCAGUGACCGAGUGCAGUAUGUCACCAUGGUGUUCGGUGUAGGUGACAAUUUGAAGCAGAGUGUGAAAUCCCUGUCGGAUAUACACUGCCUCCAGUUUUUUGGRGCCAGCUUUCCACAAUGCCUGCACCUCUGGGGCAUGGAGGCAUCAGAGCAGCUCUUCUCCUGUGAGGACACCCGGCUGGGCCUCUGGACUGCCAGCAUUUUCCCUGUUUGUUCCACUCGGGGUGAUUCAGUCAGAAUGUCACUGCAGAUGCUGAAUUCUGUGCAGCAAAUGUCACCUUUCAAACUGAGUGGCUUUCAGCUUUUGUCUGUUGAAGAAAUGCUCGCCUACAAAGAUGUGGAAGACAUGCUGAAGUUUAGRAAGCAAAUUUAUGAUGAAAUCUGCUUACAAAGACAAAAAGAAAAGUCUGAUUUUAGAAYGAACAGUACUUGAACAAAUCUGUUUUCGUUUGUGGGUGAAUGAUUACUUCCCAACUUGUAAGGCAAAAGUACACAGAUCUUCUCUCUGCUCUCAUUGAAGUAGAAUUGAAGAAAUGGUGUAACAUAAUAAAGUAGCAAAUGCAGAUAAACUGUUCUUUUGAUUGAAGUAGGGAAAUAUUUCAGAUCUAAAAACACUAAUUGGUAACUUUUCAUGGGUUGCACAUUAUUGUGUUUUAUAGUCUUUGUCAAUAAGGAUCUGAUACAGAAUAAAUUAAUUUUAUAUUUGACUGAAACUGCUUUAAAAGCUWUUAAAGUGUAGAAUAUUAGCUCCAGCAAUAUGGAAUAAUACAACAACAACUUACGUUUCUCUCUUUUGAUGCUGCCUUUUUGCAAUAUAAUUUCAGAUAGAUGUAAAAUUGCUAAAAGUGCUUUCAAUUCAAGACAUGUUGUUUUAGGCAUUAAUGAUUGUUUUCUCUUUUAUAAUUUUUUUUACAUUUCCUGGUUUUCAUCAGAGGAAAAAAGAUUGGCAUGAGAGUUUAUUAUUUUCCUUUGACUUGUAAUAUUGGGGUCAACACCUGUCAUCAAGAUACCAUUUUUUUUUUAACUCAUUGUUGUAAGAAGUGGUCUGACAGAUGAUAGAGAAGCUGCCAGCUCUUUGUUACCCAUGAGCUGACUGAUGUGCCAUGUGAAAAGCAGCAUUUUGUGUUUCUCUGAACAGAACUGUUGGAGUYCUUGGGGUGGUGGUUCCUCCUCCUGCAGGGCAGACCCCAGAGAGGUUCACUGGGAGUGGCACCACAGUGCCCAUUUCCACAGAAAGUCCCUUCCCUUCUUCCCCCUCUGCAAAUCAAAUUUUAUCAGUGAAAUCCUCCUGUUUCUGGUUGAGAUGCCCAAGAUCCACUCCAAAUAGAUCAAUCUGGUUUUGAGAGUGUGUUGUGUUGUAUAUCAGUAUGAUUCGUCUGUAAACAUGAUGCAUCCUUUCCUCUUGGAUUCCUCUGUGGGUUUUCAUGUUUUAUUUAACGUUUCAUGAUGACAGUGUUUAUCUCCCUGCUGACUGAAUUCCCAAAUGGCACCUUUCUCCUGCCACCUACGAGGCAGCAGUGUGACAUCCCCUGAGCAUCACCCACCCUUCUUUCAGCUCUGCCAGGUUUCCUCUUCAUUAAUAAAGAAACCUUCCAGGAAGAAAUGCAGAGGAGCCAAACAGGGAGGUUGGGAAUUGCUGGAGUUAMCUUCAAAGGAAUAAGAAUUUCUGAGCAAAGAGAGGGUCUAAAAGGCAGUGUGAAAUGUUAAUUAAACAAUGAGGCAGUAGAUUUGGGAACACUCAAUUCUGAGAGAAAUGAAGUCACAAAGGGACAGUAAUCACAGAGCUUGGAGCUGCCAUUUGUGUAUUGUCCUGUUUGCAUUUUAUAUUCAUCAAUUGUUAUGCAAAACAUUGUAGGAGAAACAAAUGUUUGAGACAGACUUUGCAUCUUCAGUUGGAGGCCAAACUUUGUUUGGCACAGACUUUCCUGAGGGUUGCUGUGCUGCCAGGCAGAUUUUGGUCAAUAUUCGCCCUAAAUAACAUCAGCAGGCUUAAUGGAUUUACUCCACAGGUAUUGAAAUAUCUGGUAUUGUAUCAUUUUUCAUUUUGAAGCUGCAAUCAAAUUUAAUGUCAAAAUUGGUUAUGAAAAACAUUCCAACAUGUAUUUUAUUUAURCAGAGGUAUAUUGAUUA